AUGUCUCUAUUGUUGCUAACAUGUCUUCUAUGUCUUCCCUCUACGCUCUCUGUGGUGUCUGUCUGCGAAAAAAUCAAUACAUGGACAGACGAGCAGCUCACGGAGUCGUGCUACGGCUGCCCACCGCCAUGGGUCACCACGACUAAGAUUUUACAUAAUGUGUCGAUAAUCUGCACGCAAGCGUUCCAGUAUGGCGACUUGAUCGCUACGUCGCCUACAAACAUCAGUAUCUAUGCCGCUAACAGGGUGGAUUCUCUCUAUUUAUCUUUUGUGGUCAUCGAGGCUUCCCUCACCGUUACCUAUUCGUGCGAAAGCCAAGCCCCGGGCAAGCGAACUAACGUAAUAAGCGCUGCUAUAAUGCUUAUUAACAGCCCCAUUGCAGUUUAUGCCCCAGACGUUAAUCUUAGCUUGCACUCCUCUCGACCCACCCAAAUCUUGGGCCUCGAUGCGCUGCAACUGCAUCUGGUGAAUGUGUCGUCAUCCAUAGACUCCUCGUUCACUGUUUCAGACAGGCUGGUCUUGACCCGUGGCUCGAUAAUACGCGCGUCCAUUCCCAUCAAGCUAGGAACCCUCGAGUUAUGGGACAAGAGCUCCCUAGCUUGCCAGGGCAUAGAUGUGGUGUUGCUGGAGGUAAGCACCGAGUCUAUUCUUUCGAUCUCUGGCUCUUUAUUUGCCAAGGCGAUAAGCUUAAAUAGCCAUGCUCUUAUAUCUGUUACACAGAACAUCACGACAGACAGUAUCAAAGCCAAUGCCUCAGUUGUUGCCUAUGCUCUGCGGGCUAAGGGCGAUACCUGGGUACACACGUACGGGACCAUCACUGCAGAUACCAUUGAACUUAGUGCUGGAACACAAAUAAAAGGUGCUUUAUCAUUCGAAACCAUUUACUUUGCCCAACAAGACUAUCAAAUGCAGUCUACACAUAAGCCACAGCCAGCUGACGGCACCUCGCCCAAUGUUACACAAUCCGACUACUCAUAUCUGUAUUCAGUUACCCUAUACGAAGGAAGUCUUCUUGAAGGGGAUACUCUGGUUGCAGACGGCCUUGAAUCAUUUACUUCCAAAUCCUCUUCUAUUAAUAUAAUGCAAUAUUCAUUUUAUAACAUUAAUAAUCUAACUGUUGAGCACCGGCUGCUGGUGGUCAAUUCUCUUAAACUCUCACGGGUGGCGUCUGCUGUCUUCAAGAUGCGCGUUUUGGUCGGGCAUAUAUAUGCUGAUCUGAGCUACCUUUACUUUGAAGACGGUGCCAUAAUUAGCAGCGGAAUGCUGGCCCACCUAACAGUCACAAAGACAUCUUAUCUCCAGGUACGCAGCUUGCCACUUGCAAACAAAACACAGCACUUAGCAGACACCAAUCCAGGGGGUCAGUCUUCUAUGGGUGAGUCAAGAAAGGAGAUACUUUCAGAAUACCUAAUUAACGAAAAUAUAAACCGUAGCCUGUACAUAGAAAGCAUAUACCUGCAACCCAUGACUGAAGUCCCAUUGGACGAUGAGAACCUUUAUUUGACCUGUAUUCAGACAAUAGGAGCACCAUCUAAUGAAUCAAAUACCCAACUGUUCUUAUCUGAGGAUGACUGCCUAACUUAUCUAUUAUUCGAGCCAGGAACUCUAUAUGUUGAACGCGGCUACCUACUCGGUGCUGCCCUAAUAGAUGCAAACGUUGUGAUCAACUAUGGCACUCUCAUGCGACUGCCUGGGCCAAAUCAGUAUCACCAUACAUUGGAUUGCUAUGUGCACAACCUGUUUUACGCCGGCACGCUGUCUUCUCAAUACACAAUGUCACUCUUGCUCUUAUCGUCAUCAGAUGCAAAUGCCAGGUUCGAUGCACUCCGCAAAGCUAUCUAUGUAAGGGCCUAUAAGUCUGUAGCCAUAAAUUCUCUUGAUAUUAGAGGCAAAGUUCACGUUAAGCAUACAUGGGGAUCACUAGAGGCUAACGGGCUUCCUAUCUCCGUAAUGUCUAACUUGUUCAUUGAUCAUGAUAGCACAUUUGAGGGCCUCCUUUCGGUAGUUAAUGGCAAACAGCUGCUCACCCAAGCCACCGCGAUAGAAGGAUCGUUGAGGAUUUCGAGCACAUACAUGAAACAAUCUGAAGCUGGAUUGAUAGUUGCAAACAGAAUUCAAGCGGUAGCCUCAACAGUAGAGCUUCUCGGGUAUAUUUUCUUAGCCUCUAAUUCAUACAAGGACCCUACUUUGUACAUUCAAGCACCAUUUGUUUCCCUUGGCUCACUUAUUCUUCACGGACCCAUGUCAACACGGCGACAAUUUAAUUGCUGUGGUGGUUCAAAUGUCUUGUUUGGCGGGUGCAGUCGAGGAAGCCCUGCGCCCCUAGUCAAUACAAGCAUACGGCUUUACAAACUGCACGACUCCAACAAGGGUCAGAUUUCGGGAAAUCCGGGGGAUACAUGUGACGGGGUCCUGGGUGGUCGGGCAGGAGGUACUGCGUACAUUGUUGCAGCGGUUCAUCUUACCCUCUUAGGGUCCAUUGUGGCAAAUGGCGAGGAAGGACGAUCUUCCAAGUUAGACAAUGUCUCAAAUCGUGUGGUUUGUGGCGGCAGUGGGGCUGGGGGAAACGUGUAUGUAGAGGCGCCCAAGAUGAAAAUAGGCCAGAAUGUGUUUUUCAGUGUAAGUGGAGGAAACUGUACUGAUGCCUGCCAAUCUGACUGCAUCUCAACUGGAGGAUCUUCUUCCGGCACAGCGAUCAUUAACUGUACAGCGUGCCCAAGUCCUCUCCCCUUUUCAAUCUUCGCAGAUCCAGGGGCAUGCGGAAUCUAUGAAGCCAGGAACGUAAUGGAGACCUGUCCUCCCUUUUUCCGAGUAAGCAGUGAUCGUUUGAGCUGCAUUUUACCAAUGUCUUCGCUCUUAGUAGUGAUUCUUUUGAUGGGGGUAUUGACUGCAGUCAUGGUCCUGAGCAUGAUCAAUAUAGUGAGCUGGUUUAAGCACGCGUGGAUGCACCGGAAGGCAACUAUCGAGACUAACUAUCUCAGCCUGUUUGAUAACUAG